CUCAAUUCCUCAAGCCACUUCGCGAACCUUCUCCUCCUCCCCUCCCCGACCACUCUCUCCCUUCCGCAUCCGCGCGAGCGAGGAGCAGCCCAACCUUCCCGAGCCGGAGCCACCUCCGCUGCCCGCAGCCAUGGCGACCGUCAUGCAGAAGAUCAAGGACAUCGAGGACGAGAUGUCAAAGACACAGAAAAACAAAGCCACUGCACAUCAUCUUGGUCUUCUGAAGGCUAAACUUGCAAAAUUAAGACGGGAGUUGCUCACUCCUACAACCAAAGGUGGUGGUGGUGCUGGUGAGGGAUUCGAUGUGACAAAAAGUGGAGAUGCACGUGUUGGCUUGGUGGGCUUUCCUUCGGUUGGGAAAUCAACAUUGUUGAACAAGUUGACAGGAACUUUUUCAGAGGUUGCAUCCUACGAGUUCACGACUUUAACAUGCAUUCCUGGAGUUAUCGGGUACAAAGGGGCUAAAGUGCAGCUUCUAGACCUUCCAGGAAUCAUUGAAGGUGCUAAAGAUGGAAAGGGUAGAGGGAGGCAGGUUAUCAGCACAGCUAGGACAUGCAAUGUCAUUCUGAUUGUUCUUGAUGCCAUAAAACCGAUAACUCACAAGCGUCUCAUUGAGAAGGAGCUUGAGGGGUUUGGCAUUCGGUUGAACAAGACACCCCCCAAUAUGACAUUCAGGAAAAAGGAAAAGGGUGGCAUCAAUUUUACAUCAACAGUAGCAAACACACACUUGGAUCUUGACACAGUAAAAGCAAUAUGUAGUGAGUACAGGAUUCAUAAUGCUGAUAUCUCCCUUAGAUUUGAUGCAACAGCAGAUGAUCUCAUAGAUGUUAUCGAGGGGAGCAGAAUUUACAUGCCUUGCAUCUAUGUCGUUAACAAAAUUGACCAGAUCACAGUCGAAGAGCUGGAUAUCUUAGACAAACUUCCCCAUUACUGUCCAAUCAGUGCACAUCUUGAAUGGAACCUUGAUGGACUUCUAGAGAUGGUAUGGGAAUACCUAGAUUUGGUUAGGAUAUACACUAAACCUAAAGGGCUGAACCCAGAUUACGAGGAUCCUGUGAUCUUAUCAACCAAGAGGAAAACAGUGGAAGACUUCUGCAACCAAAUCCACAAGGACAUGGCGAAACAGUUUAAAUAUGCACUGGUGUGGGGUUCUAGCGUGAAACAUAAGCCUCAGAGAGUUGGCAAGGAACAUGAGCUUGAGGACGAGGAUGUUGUUCAGAUCAUUAAGAAAAUAUAACCACAAACCAUGGAGUGAGGGAUUCUAUUUUGCAAAUCUGGAAGGAGCUAUGAGUUUUUUGAGAAGCAGCUACACUUGAAGAACUUGUGUUUCUAUCGCUAGCUAUGAUGCCCACAGGCAGGCGGCUGUUCGCAUAAAACCUGUUUUGAUCUAAAGACAGAAUGUAGAGUUUUUUUUCCCCUUGUGCGAAGCAGCUUGUAAUUUUGAUGUUUGUCACAGAUGAACCAAAAGCGAGCCACACAGUCCACAGCCCGUCGAGCACAUGGAAAGAUGCUUCCUUAUCUUUAGAAUAUGAUAAGAUGGUUCUUAUGCUUGUUCAGUUUGGUUAGCUUAACAUUUUCUAUUUGCCUAAUGAUGGGCGCCCUUGACCAUUAUUAGUCCUGUAAGCACCCAAAUCAUCCUGAUGAUGGAAAAACUUGAGGAUAGCAUGUGAAACCUAGUGGUUAUGAUUAUUCAACCAGAUUCCGUAUCGUUUGUUUUUU